CGCUUCUGAAGGGUGGCGGAGUGUUCGGAGAGGCACACUUCUGUGAAGCUGUAUGGAGAAUAAUUAACUUUAGGAAAGCACAAUAACGUCUGUUCUUCUGCUGCUUGGGAGUUGCGUCUGAGCGCACCCCGCCGCUUUCCCGCUUCUUAAUGCUCGCGGCUCCGGUUUGCAGUUUCUUUUUUUGGGUGCUUUUCGCGUCACGCUUGUAGUGUAGUUUAUUCAUAAUUCCAUAAAGAAUCAGAAUGGACGAGUCGCUUCUUGGUCUCCACUGAGUAGUCGCAAGGCGAUGGAAAGUGGCAACCAAAUACCAAGGAUCCAGCUAACUGGAUUUAAGAAAGAAGAAAAGAAGUUCUUAGUACAACUGCUUCUGAAACUAAACUGUGCUUUCUUUGACACUGAGCAAUACAGAAGCUGUACUCACCUUAUAGCAAAACAACCAUGCAAGAGUGAAAAAUUCUUAGCAGCUUGUGCAGCAGGAAAGUGGAUACUAACUAAGGACUACAUAAUUAAUAGUGCUGAAAGUGGCAGAUGGCUUGAUGAAACAACUUACGAAUGGGGAUAUAAAAUUGAAAAAGGCUCACAUUAUUCACCUCAAAUGCAAUCUGCACCGAAAAGAUGGCGCGAAGAGCUGACACGCUCUGGUGCUGCAGGGGCCUUCCACAGAUGGAAAGUUGUCCUCCUUGUUAUAAGAAGUGAUAAACGAAAGGAUUCUCUCAUAAGGGUUCUGGAGGCAGGAAAAGCUACUAUAUGUGCAGCAUUAAGUGAAUCAAAGGAUAUUACUCAUGUGUUGACUAACAAUUCAGCAUUAAAUGGAAGAAGAGAGAAGCAUCUCUUUGGAGUCCACUACUAUCCAGUUCGCUAUUUAGGAAGCUAUCUCUUAGAGAAUGAAAUUAAAAAUGAUAUUGAAAUAUACCAGAAGAACAAUCUUACGCUGGAACAAGAAUCAAGAAAUAUGAAUUGCAUGCAUCUUGGAGAAGUGAGAAGUACACUGAUAAAGCAUAUGUAUUUUCAACAGGUUAUGCUAAGCAAAUAUACUCAAAUGAAUGACUGCAGAAUAGAGGUGAAAAAUGCUCAUUCUACAAGAAACAAUAUACUUGAAGAACUAGUAGACAAUCAUUUAUUUCCUAUUGCAAUCACAGAAUUUCUUUCUGGGAAAGAUCUAAUUCCUCCUACUAAACUUCUUCACUCACUUCUGCAGCACAUACUGCAGGAAUAUUCAGUUCCUACACUUCCUGCUCAGUAUUUUCACAUCAUGUAUGCACUGCUCCAACAUAAUCCUCCUUGGAAAUCACCUUCCAUGUUAAGAUACUACCUAGAUGUUCUUCAAUGUCCAGUUUGCAUGAGGGGAACAUGGUCUCUAAUAGAGAUGCUUGUGAGAUCCUGCCUUUUCUACGAUAAUAUUUGUCAUUCAGUCCCUGUUCCAGAAAUUGCAAAUGAGGAGAGAACCUUUCACAAAGACCUGCUAAUGUUUAUCAUGAAUUUGUUCCAAGCUGAAGUGCUGGCAUUAACAAGAAGUCUUUAUGAAGGAAUGGAUUUACAACAUUUGGAAAUACUGCCACAGACUGUUCUUCUGAAGACCUUCUGGUUAGGAACUGAAACAGUGUUUUUCACCAAACAGAUAAAUAUUCUUGUUGACUGGGUCAUCAUUUCUUACAGAGAAAAGUACAAGGCAAAUAAUGCUUUCAAGAAUGAAGUGGCUGAGCUACUCAGUGGAAUUUUGGGAGCUGUGGUAGAGUAUUGGAUUAUUUCCGGGUUCAUAAUUGACAGGAACACAGUGCAUCCUGUAGCUGAUGAUCUUGCAUCCUAUAUUGCCAUUUCAUGUGAUGAUUUUUCACCAGAGCAAUUAAAAAUGUUCAUUUCUUCCAUUCCAUCUCAGUGGCUUGAAAUGUUUGUUGCAGAAGCAGUCUUUAAAUUAAAUUUCCAUACCAUCACUAUUAUUUCUUCUGAACCACUCUCACUUCAAAAAAUGGUUUGUUCCUAUCUGCCUGCUUUACAAGUAGGGAUGCGUGAGACAGGGAAGCUACAGAAAGCAAAGAAAAAGAAAAUAGGGCAGUGGCCUUGCCCUGAGUCUCAGAGGGCAUUACUGAUUCUAAAUGGUGAUAAGCAGAACCAAGCCAAAGUGCUGCCUGAUGUACCUAUACAAACCACUGAAAACUCUGUUCAUGUUCCAAAGAAAUCUGGAAACAAAGCUGGAAGUACAGAAAACUGCCUUUCAACAGCUAAACAGACGAACUUGCACAAGGUUAAUCUUAAAGGAGAGACCGCCCUGCAUAUUGCUUGCAAAGGCAACAAUGUGAAGAAACUGAUUCCUCUUCUGUCUCUUCCAGGAAUGGAUAUUAAUGUUAAAGACUAUGCUGGUUGGACGCCUUUGCAUGAAGCCUGUAACCAUGGUAGCACAGUGUGUGUCCGUGAAAUUUUGCAGCGUUGUCCAGAGGUAAACCUGUUCAGUCAUGUGGAUGGUGUAACUCCCUUGCAUGAUGCACUGGUAAAUGGACAUGUAGAGAUUGCCGAGCUCCUUCUUCAGCAUGGGGGACCAGCACUGCUGCAGCUGGAAGAUUCUGAGGGAAACCUGCCACUUGAUCUCGUAGAGUGUGAAACAACUAAACAUCAUCUUUUGGAAGUUGCUAUGUCAGAAGGAGAGAGAGCUGAGGCAUUUCAAGCUCAAGUCGAAAGCAAUGAUUGUGAUCAGACAGAAAUUUGGACUGCCUUAUUUUGCAAAAUGUUGCUUAACUUUUGUUCUGUGUAUAACUUAUUUAGACCUCUUUCUGUAACAUUUAAAAAGUUAGGCUGCUCAGAUCCAUUUGAUGUAUCAGCUGAUUCUUGUAAAUUUAAUACUAACUCUUCUGGCCAUUGGUUUGUAGAUCUUUAUUCUAGAGAGCUUGAAACCUUUCAGAACCUCCCAGGUUAUCUUCAGAAAAUCAUAGAGGAUCUUAAAAGUAGCCCAGAAGAACAGAGACAAGCCUUUGUAGCAACACUGCAACAAAUUUCAAUGACAGUUCAGAUGUCCAGCCUUUAUUUGGCCAACAAAUUUCCCAGUUAGGCUUGCCUUAGCUGAUAGUGAUCAUCAGCUAUGAUAAGAUAAAAACUUUAUUAUGGUCAAAGACCAGCUCCACAUCAGUUGGAUCACUGGCCUCAACAUUAGUAAUAACAUUUAUGGCUUGUAGAUAUUCUGCCUCCCACCAUGGAAGUGGUAAAUACUACAGUGGGCCUGUUUUGCUAGAACAGGAAAUGACUUUCUUUUACAUAUAUAUUGGGCUGCAGCCUUUUAAAAGUCUGGUGUAUAAGUUGCAGGAAUGAUCAUGUUCCAACUCAGUAUGUAUUCUUAAGCCCUUCCAUGAUCAAUUAAACAAGUUUGCAUUUGCUGCCUCUUGUUACUACAGUAGUAUUCACUAAGCUCACUUUUUAAAGAAUGUGUUUUUCUUUGCAAUCUAAUA